GUCACUGCUGCGAAGUGUCAACAAAUUUAUAAUUAGAAUAAACAUUCGAGAAAAGUGAAUAAAACACACUUAGUUUAAAUUCUAUCUUUGUUGGUUUCUUGUAGUUUAAUUUAGAAACACGCGUGGUGAUUCUUUUACUUUUUUGUGGUGAAAAACAUCGCUCUUUUUAAUGCUUCGCAUUUGGUACUUUUAAUUGAAUAAUUCAAUUAUGGAGGCACCGAAAACCUCGGAUGUGGUCUUGAUAGGUGGCAAUUCCCAUCCGGAAUUGGUCAACUUAAUUUCGCAACGUUUGGGGGUUAAAUUCGGGGGCUGUGCUGUGUAUCACAAGACCAACCGGGAGACCAUGGUUGAGAUCGGUGAUUCAGUACGAGGGAAGGAUAUUUAUAUUAUUCAGACGGGUACCAAAGACGUCAAUAACAAUAUUAUGGAGCUUCUAAUCAUGGCAUAUGCUUGUAAGACUUCCUCAGCCAAGUCCAUCGUGGGGGUCAUCCCUUACCUCCCCUACAGUAAACAAUGCAAGAUGCGCAAACGCGGAUGUAUCGUCUCCAAACUCCUGGCCCAGAUGAUGGUCAAGUCGGGGCUCACCCAUAUCAUCACCAUGGACCUCCACCAGAAGGAAAUCCAGGGUUUUUUCGAUUGCCCCGUCGACAACCUCCGCGCUAGUCCCUUUCUCUUACAAUACAUUCAAGAAUCGAUUCCAGACUACCGCAACUCUGUAAUAGUGGCCCGAAAUCCAGGAACGGCCAAAAAGGCCACUUCCUACGCUGAACGUCUUCGACUGGGAAUCGCAGUCAUCCAUGGGGAGCAAAAAGUGGCAGAAUCGGAUGAAGUGGACGGGAGGUACUCCCCCCCAACCAUCCCCCGGUCUAGGACCAUGGACGCCGGCGUGGGAGUCCCCGUCCACAUUGCUAAAGAAAAACCCCCCAUUAACGUAGUGGGCGACGUUGGGGGCCGCAUCGCUAUUAUGGUGGAUGACUUGAUUGAUGAUGUCCAGUCGUUCGUGACCGCUGCAGAGGUUUUAAAGGAACGUGGGGCUUACAAGAUUUAUGUUUUAGCCACUCAUGGCCUACUAUCGUCAGAUGCACCGAGGUUAAUCGAGGAUUCCCCUAUUGAUGAAGUUGUGGUCACGAAUACGAUUCCACACGAGUUGCAAAAAAUGCAAUGUCAUAAAAUUAAAACCGUGGAUAUAUCGAUUUUGUUGUCAGAAGCGAUUAGGAGAAUUCAUAACAAAGAAUCAAUGUCGUAUCUAUUCAAAAAUGUCACUCUUGAAGAUUAAGUAUUCGCAUAUCUUAAGUAUUAAACUUGUUUAUUUUUUUCAAGUCAAGUAUUUUUGCAUCUUUUGUUUCUAUCGCGUAAAUAAACAUGACUAGUAAGAAAA